CUCAGCCUGACAUCAACCCCGUGGCUUUAUGAAAGACGUAAAUCCCUCCGCGGGCAGCGGUUAUCCAAACUGUCUGUCUUGGAGAAGGGGGGCCUCUCGAUCCGGUCCAAAAACACCCUCUCGGGUCCCUUUAUCCGCCUCGUAUGAGCUUCCCACUGGCUUCAAGCUAAAACCUGUCGUCAUCCGCCGACUCUCCCUCCACUCAAGCUGCUUUUCGCUUCAGCAGCGAUCCAGCGGACAUAGCCGAGCAGGGAAGUGGGCAUCGUCUUCUUCUUCGGGCAGCUCUCUUCCGUCUCUCUCUCUUUCUCUUGCUAUCUCCCUCUCUCGCCCCCAACACAGAUGCUCCCAGCCGUGCAGAUUGACAGGAGUGAUGGGAUGUGUCAACUAGCAGACAAAUCAUCCCUGGAAGAUGUAAACAGACUGAAGGACUCAUCCGCAGUGUUGACGCCAGAGCGAGACAAAGGUGACGAGGCGGACGAGUGGGUAGACCGCGGCGGUACCGGUAUGGGCGUGGGCAAGAACACCACUUCCAAGCCCGCGGACAGCAACAGCGAGGGAGGCAAAUACGAAGAGGAGAACAAACGUGGAGCGGACUUCUACCCCAUUCCGGUGGUGGUAAAUGGAGUGGGCGGAACCAAUGGGGACCAGGAUACAGAGAACACCGAGCUGAUGGCUAUCUAUUCAAAAGAUGUUCAACGAGCAGAAAAGAGCUCAUUGUCAGAGACGUUGGACAGCUCAGACAGCACUGAUCUGAGGAGGAUGGACAUGAUCUAUAUCAUAGAAGACACUCCGCCUUGGUACCUGUGUGUGUUUUUAGGCCUACAGCACUAUUUGACAUGUUUCAGUGGAACUAUAGCAGUGCCAUUCCUCCUCGCCGAAGCCAUGUGCGUCGGAUCUGAUCAGUGGGCCACUAGCCAGCUCAUAGGGACCAUUUUCUUUUGUGUCGGGAUCACAACCCUCCUACAGACCACGCUGGGCUGCAGGUUGCCCUUGUUCCAGGCCAGCGCUUUUGCCUUCCUUGCCCCAGCCAGAGCUAUUCUGUCACUGGACAAAUGGAAGUGCAACAACACCGGGAUACUCGAGACAAACGGCACAGAAAUUCUCCACACCGAACACAUCUGGCAUCCUAGGAUACGAGAAAUCCAAGGGGCCAUCAUUGUGUCAUCCCUGGUGGAGGUGUGCAUCGGAGCGCUGGGUCUACCCGGGCUCCUGUUGAAGUAUAUCGGACCGCUGACCAUCACGCCCACGGUGGCCCUCAUCGGCCUCUCUGGUUUCCAGGCGGCAGGGGAAAGGGCAGGAAAGCAUUGGGGCAUUGCUAUGUUGACUAUUUUCCUGGUACUACUUUUUUCCCAGUAUGCUCGUAAUGUCCACUUCCCAUUGCCGGUCUACAAAGCAAAGAAAGGCUGGACUUCCUAUCGGCUGCAAGUUUUCAAAAUGUUCCCAAUCAUCAUGGCCAUCCUGGUUUCGUGGCUCCUGUGCUUCAUUUUCACGGUGACGGACGUCUUUCCACCUGAAAAGAACAAAUAUGGCUACUAUGCCCGCACAGACGCACGGCAAGGGAUCCUAUCUGUUGCACCCUGGUUCAAAAUCCCCUACCCCUUCCAGUGGGGCAUCCCGAGCGUAACGGCCGCAGGCGUCAUCGGCAUGAUGAGCGCCGUCGUAGCCAGCAUCAUCGAGUCCAUCGGUGACUAUUACGCCUGCGCCCGUCUGUCGUGUGCCCCUCCUCCUCCUAUUCACGCCAUCAAUAGGGGCAUAUUUAUCGAGGGCAUCUCCUGUGUCCUGGAUGGUCUUUUUGGGACAGGAAACGGUUCCACUUCCUCCAGUCCAAAUAUCGGCGUCCUUGGAAUAACAAAGGUGGGCAGCAGGCGUGUGAUCCAGUACGGCGCCGCCAUGAUGCUGCUGCUGGGCCUCGUGGGUAAAUUCAGCGCCCUGUUUGCCUCCCUGCCGGACCCCGUGCUGGGGGCUCUGUUCUGCACCUUGUUCGGCAUGAUCACGGCGGUGGGGCUUUCCAACCUGCAGUUUGUCGACCUCAACUCGUCCAGGAACCUUUUUGUUCUGGGCUUCUCCAUCUUCUUUGGGCUGAUGUUGCCAAGCUACCUCAAAAAGAACCCGCUGGUGACAGGCAUUAUUGAGAUUGACCAAGUGUUAAACGUUCUCCUCACCACUGCCAUGUUUGUGGGAGGCUCCGUUGCUUUUAUCUUGGAUAAUACUAUUCCAGGUUCUCCUGAGGAGCGAGGCAUCAGGAAGCUAAAGCGCGGUUCGGGUCCCAGCUCCGCCGAGCUAGAGGGAAUGCGAUCGUACGACCUGCCCUUUGGAAUGGACUUCAUCCGCAGGCACCCCAUCUUCAAGUACUUCCCGAUCAGCCCCACCUUCGCCGGCUACCAGUGGGGAAGGCUUCGGGAAACCUGCGUGAGCUGUAACAGUAGCGGACACGGGGAUGCGGGCGAGGGAGGGGGUUCCCACGGCGAGAGUCUGGCGUAGCUGUCGGGAUGCUGUGUGAAUUCGGGGAGCAAGGGAAGGUACACUGAGAGAUUUGGAGCGUGUGGAUGACAUGUGAAGCAGCGACCUCUGUCUGCCCCUGUCUGUCUGUCUGUCUUUGUCAUUUCCCACGAUGCUAUUUUGAGCAUGUUAACGCAAGUCGCAGCCAGCAUGCCCCCAGAAGACGUUACCACGUGGAGUCUGCUUGGUGUGUUUGCAUGUGUGCUCGAUAUGCGGAAUGGUUAUGUGCAUUCUUUCACGCCGUCACUUUAAUUCACACGGGCAUACAACGAUGACACAAUAAAUCUGCCAAUUGAGAAUUAUGCAAAAAAAAAAAAAAGGUGGCAAUGACAUAAUGCCAUGAAUGCAAACACAUGGAUGCACACCAACGGCCCGAUCUAAAUUAGCUUAGAGGCUGCAGCUCGAGAACUGCAAGUCGGCAGGCCCCGGCGCGGUGAUUGUUUUUUGUUGCUGCCUCCUCAGUUGUGAAUGUUACGCCUUGCUCAUUUCAAAACUUCCCAUGAAACAAAUUGGAGUUCCACGCAUUAAAGUUCACAGUUUACAUAUCACCGCGGUUGUCAGUAUUAGCCACUACUAUUUUAACGUGACACAAAGGGUUCAUCUUGCAACAGCUCAAAUACUUUUUUCACGCGAGUUUUCCUGGAGUCAUCUUCACGUCCGCUACUUGUGAAUAAAUACCUAAAAGUAAAUAAACACUCGGAUCACAUUCAAAUAUUCUGGAAAGUGUGUGGUGAAAUCCGUAUGUCUUGUAUAGAAAACUACGGCUGCUGUUUCUAACCAAGAAAGUCCACCAAUGUUUUAUACAUGUCGUCAAGUGGGCAAACGUUUGCCGGGAAGACAGAUGGGGAGCAAAAAAGGCGCUCGGUUGCCCGGUUACGCCAACUGUUUCUCCUCCAUUAACUUUCUACCUCUCAGCCAGGGCUUUUCCCGCUCCGUUAUUUUUGCCCUGCCUUGCGCACAUUGUUGCUCAAUUGUAAGUUAGACUGAAUUAUACUUCACCACACACUCACCUGAGAACCUGCCUUCAUCUUUAUUACGACUUUUGUAAAUAUAUUAACAAUCUGCCUAAGAGUUCUGAGGUUAAAUAUUAUGUUCUACUCGUGCUUGUGUGGGUUGUCGGCUUCCUCCCGCAUUCCACAAACUUGAGUUGACUGAAGACUAUAAAUUACCCCUUACUGUAAUUGUAUCAAUUUCACAUGACUAUACUUUGGUUCUGAUUUCUGGUCAAGUGCAAGCUUCUGUUUUAAUGCCGUUGUCAUACUGGGCAAAAAUAAUGCGGCCUGGAGGAGUUGUCACUCCUUUGCAUCAAUGGCUUCAAGACAAUCACUUCCUGACAACUGACAUUCUUAUUGCCCAUUGACUUCAUAACACUUGUCAACUAAUAUUUACUUUUUUUUUUUUAAUCAGAGAUUCAUUAGGUAUAAUAUUUUUCAGAAAUAUUUUACAACACGUGGGAUAAUACUUACAGCGCAAGCUUUUAUAGGUCCAACCUAAAAAUGAUAAUAAUCUUAAAAACAUGAUGUUCUAAAAAUGAAGUAGACAUCUUUUAGAAUCCACAUAGCACAAGUGAAGAUAACUCCAGGCAUCCCCCGUUCUCUGGCGGCUUCUUCCGAAAGCAAUUCCGUACUGUACCUUGCGUGGCCUUAUCAGAGACGUGUCGUAAACGCUGACCCUGCAUGUUUCAAUGUCUUUGACUGUUUGCUGGACUCUCUGACCCUUUGUGUGGAUCCUCCGUUACUGGUUUUACAGGGUCACUUGUAACAGCGUCAACUACUGUAGUUUGCAUUAGCCAACUGGAACGGAACAAGAGAAUGUGUAUGUUGUGUUUACUGACUGGAUUGGAUUGUCUGUUGCUAAUGCUGUCAACAUUUUUCCCUCUUGCCGACUUCAUGUUCCAUAAUAAUGGCAACAUGGUUCCACUAAAUUACUUGAAAAGUGCUAAAUAUUGUAUCCAGUUCUUUUUUUUUUUUUUUUUACUAAACCAAAAAGUUGGUUUGUUUUUGAUUUUUCCUGUUACCAAAAAAAAGCAACAGAUAAAAACUAGCCUAUACAUUUUCUUGCGUUCGUAUCUAUAUUAAAGUCAUUUCUUUAUUUAUAGAAGAGAGGUUUGUGUGCAAAGCUCUGUUGAAGCAGGUCUUUGUGUGGCUUGCACAAUGCUGAAAGUUUAUUUAUGAAUUAUUUGUUGUCCUGCCCUAUAAAAACUCACAAUCAACACAAGCCGUCAUCAGCUUCAGUUAAGUUGAACUUGUCCAUAUAAGGCAACAACUGGCAGCAUUGCUGUUAAAAAAAAAAAAAAAAAAAAAAAAGGUAAAUCUUUCCAGAUUAUGCCAGCGCCUUUUUACAAUUUUGUUACAUUUCAAGGUGCCAAGAAUAUUUUACUGACCUUAUGACGGGCACAUGAACCACAAAAUACUGCUGGGCCUUAACUCUCUAACUCCCUGUUUGUGGUCACUCAUGUGCCAGGAUGUGAAUAAUUAAUUUAGGGGCAUUUUAUUGUUUUUCUUUUGUUAAACUUAUUUGUUCCAGACUUUAAUCUUUCAAUUUUACUUUCACAUCCCAUUCUUUCUCAAUCUUAAAUGAGCCAAGGCACGCAUUUAACAUUACACAAAUGUCGACACCAAACAUCAUAAAAUGUACAUCAACUAAAAUAAUGAUGAUCCUGUCUAAAUUUAUUCACAAAUAUACUUUGGUGAAAUGUGGACCUGUUAAUUAUGAAGUUAUUGCAGCAGUGCCUUGAGAUAAGACUUUUGACCGCACUUGUAACUCAAAAGGCUCACAUCGCAAAUUAUCUUUACUCAUUGAAACAAAUGAGGGCAAUGACAAAAAUGUUUGUAAUGUCUUUCUAAUGAGAAAAUAGCACUUUAUAAUGUUGUACUACGUAAAAUCAUACAUUAAUUAUAUCAUUUAAUGGAAUAUUAAAAAAAAAAGUAACCACAUCCUUAAAUUAAAUGGACAUUGUGCUGCUCCCUCUGGUGUGCAUGCCUUGGCCACUACAGAUGCUCUGUUCUGUAAAUGGAGAUGCACCAGCGCCUCAGCCAGCCACACAAAUAGUAGUCGCUCUUCACAGAGGAUAAAGAAUAUAUUUCCCAUUGCGUUAGCAUUAAAGAAAGGAAAAAAAGCCCUGUGGGUCAAGCGGUGAGGAAAAAGGAUGGAUGGAUGCAUGAAGCCCCCCCCCCCUCCUCAUUUGCAGAACAAAUUCCACACAAUAAACCAAAUUAUUAAGAAUCAAUUACUCGGCAGUUCAAAAAUGUUUCAUACCUUCGACUACAGCAUCAUGCACACUACAUGCGAGCAGUUGUAUUCACACUCAUGCAAAUAACAUCACACACACACCUUCUGUGCUGUCCUGCAGUCCUCUUGUGUUUGGUGUACCAGGAUGUAUCCCUCCCCGAAUAUUCUUACGGUCAACGUUUAUGGACACAAAACAAAACGCCUGGUGUCCUUAUUACGAGCCGACCGAAGCUGCGGUUGUCACAGAAACCGACUUCCUCACAACAUAGCUUGACGUGCCUGAACCCAACUGCAGUCUGAUUUGACUGUCAAAAAGAUGACUUACAAAACUGGACCUCCUCCGUUGACAUGUUUACUGGUUUGGUGACGAAGCAGCGGUUGGUUCUUAAUAAGUUGGCCAGAAGCACACAAAGACAGCAGUCUCUUUCAAUUAUUAUGAAGGAGAUACUUGUACAAAAAUCUUUUGGAGUACUACUACUUGUUUAUUUUUGUGACUGUGCUUGUGUUUUUUUCCUUUUUAUACAUACCUUUUUUUGCAAGUAAAUAUUUGUAAGAGAAAUCAUAACUUUUAAUCAUGCUGAAAAGUGCAUGGUUUUGUUAUACUUUCAUUUAAAGAGGAAAACAACUAAAUGCAUAUUUCAUCCUACUCCAUGUCAUGUUUUGAUUGUAAGUUAGGACGUUUUUGUCUUUUUUUUUUUUUAAUACACCUAAAAUUGCUUUCAUUUUUGUUAAUACAAGACCAAAAAUCAAAGGAUGUGGCAAAUUUAGAGAAUAGAUUACAUACAUAUUUAACUUUAAUAGACUUGAAAAUUGUGAAAAAUAAUUGUAGCAACCAAAAUGUUUUUUUGUUCCUAAUACUAUUUAAAAUGUCACAGAAUGUAUGAUGGUUUACUUUGUUUUCAUUUUAUACGAAAAGAUAAAUCUAUGUGCAGCCCUCUGCUUUCAUAUAUAUGCAAAUCUGCAAUCUAUUCAUUUGAAAUCAUUAGGAUACAGUUAUUGCUUCAUGACAAAUUAAUGAGAAUUUUAUGUCACUAUGCUGAUGGGGUAGUUGUGAGAAGUUCCCAAAAUAAAUGGGCCCGUUUUCAACAACGGCCCAACUCUCUCAAUGAAUAAAAAUUGUACAGUAUGGCAAAUACUGUCAAUACUGGUUCAACUUUU